CAACUCGAUCGUAAUUAACUAUUUUAAUUGCGAACUAAAUUAAAUGUCCACUCAGUUUUUUAUAAAGUUAGUGAUUUUAUAGUUUAUAUUUAUAUUGUUUCUUUGGAUUAAGCCGUGCUGUGUCACUUUCGUUCGAUUUUCACAUGCAAUUUGAGAUUUCCUAGUCUUCCAGCCUUUCUUUUAUUUUACUUUUUCGAAAGAGGGUGCGGUUGAGAAAUGGCUGCUGUUCCAGGCUCUAGUAAAGGUGGUGUGUCGGGUGGGGGCGAAGGCGAUGUUGCGAGAGAGGUGGAGAAAAAUGAAGGGGCUGUCGGUGAAGAUGACGGCGACGAGACGACGGGCCGUAUCGAUAACCGGCCCACUUUCCGGACUGAUGAUCUUGGUGCUGAGGGAGGAGGUGAUUUCGAAAAGGGACAUCGUAUCGUAUAUGAAUUCCAUGAGCAGAUGAACAACCUCGUACUCGAAUUCAUGGAUCUUGUGCGUAAAUUGCCAAAAGGAUUUGAGAAAAAAUUCGACAGGAAUGAACUUGUAUCCCAUUUGGAAGUUAUUGGGCGUAUCGCGUACGAUCGUGAGAGCGAAUUUCUCAAGAUUGUUCGUAGCGAUAAAGAAUUGGCCAUAAAAUUAUGGGACUUCUUAGUCUACAGCACUGCCACCGUGCUAAAUCGUAUCAUCGAGAAGAAGAAUUCCCUCCUUUCUCGACCUGUCGCCAAGACGUAUAGAUUUUUAAAGACAAACGAAGACGCAAUCCGCCUCGCAUUUUGUGCUAUUUCCAAUUUCGUCGGAGCUGAUAUCGACGUCAUUCCGGUGACGAAAUAUGCGGAAAUGAUCAUUGUUCUUGGCCCCAUCUGGAAGGAAGGGAGUUUCGACGAGUUUGGACGCUUAUCUUAUUUUCCUCUGGAAAAUCUGGUGUGGAAGGUGGAACGUGCCGAGCACUUCUUGGACGUAGGGCUUCUUUCCAUGCCAGACUUGAUUGCGCGGUGCCGUUCAUACCCCUUCAACUCGACACAAUUCGCCGGGCUGCUUGCCAUUAUCCUAAAUCUGUGCCAGGUCCAGAGGGCCAACAAAGAUCUACUUACCAUGAGCCUUCCGUACGAGGAAGAACUUCUCAUCAGCCAUCUCCUCGAAGGAGUAAAACUAGAAAAUCCAAUCGAAGUGCGUCUCGCUGUGACCGGAAUGCUGAAAAACAUGGCUUUCUACCCAGAAAGCCACGAAACCAUUUUGAACAGGGAGUAUGGUAUCAUCACGUAUGCAAUCAUCCCAAUUGCCGGCACUACUAGUAUUAUUUUAGAGCAGGAAGACGAAGAGAUCUUCUACGCCAUCAAGUCUAAUGAGGUGGUGGAUCGCGAUCCGAACCCAGGCGUGCGCAAGAACGUCAUAGAAUUUAUCUACCAAAUGUGCGCAAUGAGAUCGACGCGCGAGGCUCUUCGUAAACUAAAGUUGUACGAAGUGCUACGCGAGUACCACACGGCUGAGGUGGUGCCAGAAUUGAAGGACCUGCUUGAAGACGUAAUCAAUGUUAUGAUUCGAACGGAGCUAGAAAUUGGCGUUUCUAAUUUGAAAGACAUUGAUCUGACCACGCCAAAGAAAGCGGAAGAGGAUAAGAAUGCCGCCAAUACCCUCGCCACCAAAGUCUCCGCUAGUGAACCUCCUGCCUCUGCUUCCGCCCCUGGACCCUCUGCUCCCACCCCUCGACCCCCCGCAAAUCAAGUAUCGCCUGAAUCAGACAACGUCGACGACGUGGACAUUGCCACCGUCCAAGGUUUGUUUGCAGAAUGUAUGAAAAAGCGAUGUGAAAGCAGCGACUAAACUCCACAAUACAAAAGGAAGAGCAUAGAAGAAAUAAUAAUUUAGAAUAUAAUUCAACUUUGUGAUGCUUAAAAAA